CACCACUUGUACUGGUACAUAAACAAACAAAGAAACAAAUUUUCAAUUUUCCCACUUAUCAUAUUUAAUACUGAUAUUCAAUUUACACCAAUCAGUAAAGAAAAGAGAACUCUUACACCAAACGAGUCCCACCGAUCAAGAAAUUUAGAGAAAAAAAAAGAUUAAAAUAAAUAUAAAGAUACUUAGAAAUGUCACCGAACUUUCAUUUUACUCCAUCUCUGCUUCGUCUUCUGUCUCUCUCUCUCUCUGUCUCUCUCUCUCUCUCUCUCUCUCUCUCUCUCUCUCUCUCUGUUCUCCAUUUUUUUCUCCUUCCCUGAUCUCUCUCAUCCUCUGCUUAACUAUCAAUUGUUAUUUCCCAAAUCUUUUAAACAAAUCUCAAAUUCUUCAAAGUUUAUGCUUCUCUUCCUAUUAGAGAAUGAGCUUGUUCUUCUAGGUAAUGGAUCUAUCAGCUCGUCGUAAUAUCCUCCGGGAUCUGAACUUUACUCCGCCGCCACCACCACCACCAAUGACUGUUUUCCACCGUGUGAGCUCGACGGGGACGAACUUUCCGAUCAUAGCCGUCGCCGUGAUUGGAAUCUUAGCCACAGCUUUCUUACUUGUAAGCUAUUACGUUUUCGUUAUCAAAUGCUGUCUGAAUUGGCAUCGAAUCGACAUUCUUGGUAGAUUCUCAUUAUCCCGACGGCAACGCAACGACCAUGGUCCUAUAAUGCUUUACACUCCGAGGAUAAACCGCGGUCUCGAUGAAUCCGUCAUUAGAGCAAUCCCUAUUUUAAAAUUCAAGAAGAGGAGAGAUGGAGACAGUCGAAACGACCACGUUUUCACAGAAGGAGAAGAGAAUAAUACUUCUCAAGAGUGCUCUGUUUGUUUGAAUGAGUUUCAAGAAGAGGAGAAGCUGAGGAUUAUCCCAAACUGUAGUCAUUUGUUUCAUAUCGACUGCAUCGAUAUUUGGCUUCAGAACAAUGCCAAUUGCCCUCUGUGUAGAACUAGGGUUUCUUGCGACGCAAGUUUUCCUCCCGUUCCGGUUUCUGCUCAAAGUACUUCCCUAGAUAAUGCAGUUUUGGGGUCAGACACUGUCAUGGUUAGAGGCGAGAAUGAGUAUGUAGUCAUUGAGCUAGGUCUAGGGAACAGUAACAGAAGCAAUAGUGACCGAGAUAGUCCAAGAAACGGAAGGGUACGUGUGGUACAAGAAAGAUCGAAUUCAGGUCACCUACUGAACCAAAACCCACAUAAUUCGAUCAGUCAAUUUCCUAGGAAGCUUAAUCGAGGAGAGUUUCAGAGAAAAGGAAGAAAACUUCACAAAGUCACCAGUAUGGGAGACGAAUGUAUCGACAUUAGAAGAGACAAAGAUGAGCAGUUUGGUAGUGUUCAACCCAUCAGAAGAUCGAUCUCGAUGGAUUCGUCUGCAGAUAGACAGCUGUAUUUGGCUGUUCAAGAGGCGAUUAUCCGGAAAAACCAGGAAAUUCCGGUGGUCGGAGAAGGAGGAGAGUGUAGCAGUAGUAGCGGCAACGUUAGUAGUAACAAAAUGAAGAGAUCCUUCUUCUCUUUUGGGAGUAGUAGACGUUGUAGAAGUUCUUCCAUAUUGCCUCUUUAUUUUGAACCCUAAUGGAACACUUUGGUUCUUUGUUUUCUUGUUUCUUCCUAACAUUUGCUUUUUAUUUUUAUUGUUUGGUCGGUGAGGUAGGUGAAAAAUACAGGCCUGGUUUUGGAUUUUAGAGGUCAAAAGAGUAAAUGAGUUGUAUUGUGAAAUUAUUGGACUUUUUUAAGUUUGAAAAACUCAAAUCUCAUUUUGCCAAUGAACGAAUAUGAACAUACUUUUGGUGUUA